AUGAAGUUAUUACCUUACUUACGCUCUGUUGCCCUGGGCUUGGUCCUCGUGGCUCAGACGGCAUCUGCAUCCUCGUCUGACAAGUGCGAACUCGCCCCGUCAGCCAAACCCCGUGUCUUCCUUCUUAGCGACAUUGCCAACGAGCCAGAUGACGCCCAGUCGUUUGUCCGGCUAUUGGUGUAUGCCAAUGAGUUUCGUCUGCGAGGUAUCAUAGCCACGACGAGUGUCUGGCUUAACGACUCGACGCGGCCAGACCAGAUGCAUGACAUUGUCGAUGCCUACGGCGACGUUAUCCACAAUCUUCGGAAACAUGCCGACGGGUGGCCUGAGGCUACUGAGCUGAAGCGCUUGAUCGCUUCUGGUCUACCAGUCUACGGUAUGGAAGGCGUUGGCGAGGGAAAGGACAGCGAUGGCUCUCGAAUGCUUGUUCGAGCUGUCGAUGCGUCCGAGGAACCACUGUGGGUGUUGAUUUGGGGCGGUGCCUCUGUUCUUGCCCAGGCUCUAUGGCAUGUGAAUGCGACGAGAUCACAGGCCGAAACGGACAUCUUUGUGUCGAAAGUAAGAGCGUACGCCAUUUCAGACCAGGAUAACACGGGAACGUGGAUUCGACGCAACUGGCCAGAGCUCUUGUACAUUGCCAGCGUCCACCACUUCAACCGGUACGCUGUUGCGGCCUGGGGCGGCAUCUCAGGAGACGACUAUUACCAUUUCCCGUCGGCAGCGAACAAAGACGUCAUCUCCAAGUCGUGGAUCGCAGAGAACAUCCAGAGCCAGGGUUCUCUCGGGGCAAAGUAUCCCGAAGCGGACUUCAUCAUUGAAGGAGAUACGCCCUCCUUGCUCUACGUAAUUCCCAACGGCUUGUCUGACCCUGAACACCCAGAAUGGGGAUCUUGGGGGGGUCGAUACGGUCCGGUCGCUUAUGGGGAGGGACACUUCGCUGAUAGCGUCGACACCAUCAUUCGCGACGGCCAUACGCUCAUGGGGUCGCAUGUAACGGUUUGGCGAUGGCGCGAGGCCUUCCAGAAGGACUUCGCGGCUCGCAUGCGAUGGUCUGUCGAGUCAGAUUUCUCUGCAGCCACCCAUGCUCCGGUAGCUGCUAUCAACGGAGACAACAGUCGGAAUAUAAUCAAGAUUGUAGCAAGGGGAGGCGACAGGAUCGAGCUGGACGCGAGCUCUUCCUGCGAUAAAAGCGGCAGAGACCUCAAUUACAGCUGGUGGCAGUAUCUCGAGCCGUCCUCGAACAAUAACAACCCCAAGCGAGAUGUAGCGCUGCUAGAGCUCGAGUCCUCGGACGCGGCUAAGAUCAAUGUAACAAUUCCGCCCAUCGAGGUCAUCCGGAGGCAAGGGAGAAAUGCACACCCAGAGGCGGACAAACACCUUCAUCUGAUUCUGGAGGUGUCCAAUGGCCAGCUUGUGUCUUAUCGGCGAGUAAUUUUCACGAUUCUUGGGCCUGGAUCUGAGGCUAGGAGUCACGAUGAGCUAUAA